AUGAUUCACUUCGCGCUGCUGUUCAGCCGGCAAGGCAAGGUCCGGCUGUCGAAGUACUACAAGCCGUACAGCCAGAAAGAGCGCGCGAAGCUCGUGAAGGAGGUCACGUCGCAGAUCCUCUCGCGCCCGUCCAAGCUGUGCAACGUCGUCGAGCAUCGAAACCUGAAGCUCAUCUAUAAGAGGUACGCGUCGCUGUACUUCACGCUCGCGGUGGACGACGAGGAGAACGAGCUCAUCGUCCUGGAGAUGAUCCAGCACUACGUCGAGAUCUUAGAUCGGUACUUCGGAAACGUGUGCGAGCUGGACCUCAUCUUUAACUUUCACAAGGCGUACUACCUCCUGGACGAGGUGUUCGUCGCGGGAGAGCUCCAGGAGACGAGCAAGAAGCUCAUCGCGCGGUUAGUGAGCGAGCAGGACGCGCUCGUGGAGGCGGCGAAGAUGGGGACGGUGGAGCAGGACGGGACGCCGCUGCAGUAUCCGUGA